ACACGAGCCGCCGCCGCCGUUCUGCACACAUAUAAGGAGGCUUCAGCUCGGAGUCUCGUCCCAUUUUGUCCACAAACGAAUCAUGAGUGGAAGAGGUAAAACCGGCGGAAAGGCCAGAGCCAAGGCAAAGACCCGCUCGUCCCGUGCCGGGCUCCAGUUCCCGGUGGGCCGUGUCCACAGGCUGCUGCGUAAAGGAAACUACGCAGAGCGGGUCGGUGCCGGAGCCCCGGUGUACCUGGCCGCCGUGCUGGAGUACCUGACGGCUGAGAUCCUGGAGCUGGCCGGUAACGCUGCCCGGGACAACAAGAAGACCAGGAUCAUCCCCCGUCACCUGCAGCUGGCUGUCCGCAACGACGAGGAGCUGAACAAGCUGCUGGGAGGAGUGACCAUCGCUCAGGGCGGAGUGCUGCCCAACAUCCAGGCCGUCCUGCUGCCCAAGAAGACCGAGAAGCCCGCCAAGUCCAAGUAAAGACCUGCAGAGGACCACAACGGCUCUUUUAAGAGCCACACA